ACAACUUAAUGUGGGAGUGCGAGGAUUCAGCUGACCGUAUCAUAUGAGAAAACGCCACGUCGCUUUGUGAAUAGUCCGUUCUUUUGCCUUUGGAGCAAGAUUAUUGCAAUUAUUCGCUAUUAUACUCUGAGUCUGAGUCACCUUUUGUGAGAUAUCCCACCAUGCAGUCUACAUACUCGAGGAGGAGUCCAGCUGUAAAGCGGUUAAUGAAGGAAGCUCAAGAGCUAAAGGAUCCUACGGAACAGUACUUUGCUCAGCCACUAGAUGACAAUUUAUUUGAAUGGCACUUCACCGUAAGAGGCCCACCAGACUCUGAUUUCUCUAAGGGCGUGUAUCAUGGUCGUAUCACCCUACCACCAGAAUAUCCCAUGAAACCUCCUAGUAUCAUGUUACUAACACCCACUGGAAGGUUUGAAGUCGGCACCAAGAUCUGUCUGUCCAUCUCUGGUCAUCAUCCUGAAACAUGGCAACCGUCAUGGAGCAUUCGCACGGUCAUGCUGGCUAUCAUAGGCUUUAUGCCAACGAAGGGUGAGGGUGCUAUAGGCUCACUAGACUACACACCAGAUGAGAGAAAAGUGCUUGCCAGGAAAUCACAAGAAUGGAAAUGUGAGGCUUGUGGAACACCAAACCGUAGCAUCCUUCCUCCCGUCACAGCCAAGUCAGCAGCAAUGCAGAAGGAAGCUGCAGAGCUAGCCGCUCAAAUCCAAUUCAAGAAAGAGGAAAAGAAGCAAUCAAGUACAUCGGAAUCACCAUCAACCCCUCCAGCCGAUGCACCUGCCGCAGCCCCAGCCAACGGCCAAGUGCCUGCCCCCCUUCCACCGCACCCUUUUGAUAUGAUGAACCCCGGUAUGGGGAUGGGGCAGAUGCAGCCUCCUUUUAUGCCUUUGCCACCAAACUUCAUGAUGCCAGGCCAGGGACAGUUCGGCAUCCCCAACCACAAUCCAGCCACGCCUUCGCAGCCAGCGGAAGUCAGCAGUGCCCAGCCACAGGUGGCUGCAGAUACGAACAGUCCCGACACUCCAAGUGGUAGCAAUCAGUCUUCCGCGUCUCCGCCCGUAAGCCAAUCACCGCCUACGAGUAACGGUUCAAACAGUGAUGGGGUGAGACAAAGAACUAAUGUUCCUAGUCAAUCCAAUUCGUCUUCCCCUCCCAACCAAAGCACCAGUGGACAUACCCCCCAUCGUCCGUCAGAGGAACGAGGACUCCAGGGGAUAAUGUGCCCCUUGGUUACAAUGAGCAUCUUCAGUUUCGUCAUUAUCGUCCUCAUCUUCAGACGGAUGUACAUCUCGUAUGCUUACAAAUUCACCUGAUAACCAAUUUUGAGGAUUCUGUGGUCUUAAGGAAAUAAAGUAAUCCAUUUCAAGGACCUGAAUGGGAAAAAACACCUCUACCCUUUCAUGUAAAACA